ACUGUAUUGGUAUAUCCUGAAAACAAGUACCAAACUUCCGGCCCUAGUUGUUGAUGGUCUUAAGAGGACUUAGCCAAUCCUAAUAAGUCGAUAGAGUGGAUUUACUUUAAUAGUAGACUAAAUAAGAAGGAACAACACAAGAUUUAUAUUUUCGUCGAAGUUGAUGAAUGUCGAGACUAAUCGACGAAGAGGAGCAACCUCUCAAAGUCUAUUAUAUCAGUCUGCAAAUCCUUAGUUACCUAGGCGGCGACCUUCAGCAUAUAUACAUGACCGCCCUUAAUAUAUUUGUAUUGGGGGAGUACGGGAUUCGGGUGAACAGCAUCUCACCGUACGGUGUGGGCGCGACGCCGAUGGGGGUGGAGACGACCGGGAUGGAUGAGGAAGAGUUCGAUGGUGUGUUCACGGCGAUGGCGAAUCUGAAAGGGGUGGCGCUCAAGGCGGAGGAUGUGUCGGAGGCGGCGUUGACAAUGGUGAGCGAUCAGUCGAGGUAUAUUAGCGGGGUGAAUCUUUUGGUCGACCGCGGUUACUCCUUGAGAUCAUGUGCUUGAUUGUGCUCGAUUUGCAUCACACGGUUCUUAAUUACUAUUGUUGUUUUGCUAUGUGGUAUUUUGAAUCUUUGCGGUGCCAAGUAAGUACACAAUAAUGCAAAUGUCAUAUGUUUAUUCUAAGUUUACUAUAAAAGGAAAAAGUGAUCAUAUAAUAAUAUGUGUUAAUAUAUUUGUAUGAACUGAAAUUUUCAUAUAAUAGUAUGGAUUAAUAUAUUUUGGGUCCAGAAAAUCAUUUUUCAUUUUUUUAUUCAAAAUGAAAAAAAUAUAUAAAAAAUUUCAAGUGAAAGGUGCUGAUUUUGGAGUGACGUGGUGUGUUGACCGUUAGUCAACGCAUUUGACCGUCCAAGAUAAUGGUCAAUUUUCGGGUUUGGUCAAGUUCGUUGUUUUGAUGUAUAGUUCAGGUCAUGAUGUUAUAGAUCGAAAAGAUUGGUCAGAAGGUUUAUUAUGUAUAAAGUUGAGGCCAUACAAAUAUAUUAACCCUAGUAAUAUAGGGUAACUAUCAUAAACGGUCACACAACUUGUCAUUUAGUACAAAACGGUCACUAAAGUUUAAUUUUUCACUUUUCAGCCAAACACAUUUGAACGAGUAACAAAAAGGUUAUUUCGUCCAUUUACAUCCAAAAAUCUGUUAACUAAAUACUGUCAGCAUGCCACGUCAACAAAAAGUUAAUUAUAAAUUAGGAAUCCAAUCAACUAAACCCAAAAUGACACACUCAAACCAACUCAGGCCCGAAUGGAACCCCAACCAGAAAACAAUCAUUUGUUUCCCCUCGCCCCUUCGUCCCGCAACUUUCUUCCUUUCCAUCCCUUCCUUUCAAAAUCUCCAGCCUCAAUGUUGUUAUCACCGCCGACUAUUUCUCCCUCGCUUCUGACGCUAGAAUCAUUCACCUUACUCUCUCUCUCUCUCUCUCUCUCUCUCUCUCUCUCUCUCUCUCAUUCGACCAGCCAGAAUAGAAAACAAUCAAAAGGGCGACAAUAUAGAGAGGGCGGAGGAGUACAGGUGACAUGUUCGUCGCCAUUCUCCGACCCCAGCUCUGGCUCGUCGUAUUGCCUCAAUUUGCGUCGGAGUAGUGAUAAACCUCCACAACAUGAGUUAUGAUUUGAGCACUGAAUUAUUAUAAAUGAUUAUGCUAAAUAUUGGAAAAUUUUAAUAUCUACACACUCACUUAUGAAUCAAUAAUCGAACUAUGAGUCAUAUUACUCGAUUAAGAUCUUGAUACCACUGAUUUGAGUAUUUUAUUUAAGAAACAUGUUUUGCUGAAAUAAGGAUUAAAAUUAUUGGCCAAGUAUUGAGAGUUUGGCUUAUAUUCACUGGAAAAAAACUAAAAUAUAUUUUUAUGAAUAAUUUAAAUACCAUAAAAACUUAGAAUAUUUUAAAAAACUUUAAUAUAACAAUAAAUGAAUCAAUGUAAAUGAUAAAAUGAAACUGCAUGGCCAAUAGGCCAGGUACAAAGCUAGUUUGGAGAAUUGUAGGGGGGAAGGGGAUUAAUCUACGGAAGGGAAGAGGGUAUCGGGUGAGUUUGGACUCAUGGCAAGGAACAAGAGAAGAGACCGAGUUUUUUUGUUGUGAUAAACGAGAACGAGUUUUGAUAUGAUGUUGGUAAAUUAUAAUAUGGUCUAAUUCAUAGUAGAGAGUAUUGAGCGAUCAUUAGCAAUGCCCAUUACAUCGUACAACAACCAUCGACCAAGAUCAGGGUCGCACACAUUGAAGAGACGUGUGCCAAAAUCAACAAAGUGACUCCUAUUUG